AUGAGUGACAACAGUGCCAAGGAUCGUGAGACAAGGGCACAGUUUGUGGAUGAGCCGACGAAUAGGAUUGGUGGUAAUACUACAAAAGUGAUUCGUAGUGCUUUGAAGAAGAGGAGCGGGUCAGGUCAAGAUGAUAGCGAUGAUAGUGGUGCCAUAGUAUCAUCCCCCUUACUUACUUCUACACCACCAACGAUUUCUAAAGCAUUAGUUAAGUUAUAUCCCAAUCUAAUAGUGGUUGAUAGAACCCUUAGUCUUUUAACGUGGACUAGUGAUGAUAUUUGGCCCAGCGUUUUAAUGGUUUUGAGUUAUAUGGCUGUGAUACUUUAUUUCGAAACUAUUGCCAAAUAUUUUGGUCAUUUAGUGGUCGUUGCCAUUAUGUGGGGGUAUUCCCAAUUAGAUAACCAUGUUGAAGAAACUCUUAGUACGCAUCCGACUUUAGAUGAUAUCGUUUAUGUGAUGAAUAGGGUUAUUACUAAGGCCGAUAUUCUUUUAUCGCCAAUUACAAUACUUAGUGCUCAAGACAUUAGAAAAUUAUUAUUUACAACGGCAUUCCUUUCCCCUAUCUAUGUCAUUAUAACGUUAUUCAUUUUACCACCAAGAAAAUUACUUUUCAUUGGUGGUAUAUACGUUUUGACUUAUCACUCCUCGUGGUCAAAAGUAACAAGACGUUUAUUGUGGAGGUUUAAGUUGGUUAGAUUACUCGUAUUUUAUGUUACAGGCCUUGAUUUAGGUGGGAUCAGUAGAAGUCAAGGUAUAUUUGCCGCAGUGCACAAACAGAUGAACAACUUAUCAGGCACUAAUAAUGAUAGUGAUGAAGGUUGGCCAAUUAGAUUUACCUACGUUCUUUACGAAAAUCAACGUAGAUGGUUAGGAAUUGGUUGGACAUCGAGUAUGUUAAGUUAUGAAAGAUCGCCUUGGACUGAUGAAUUUUUUAACGAAGCUCCACCACCAGAUCAAUUUCAACUACCAGAUGAAAAUACCGGUAUGGUUUGGAGAUGGGUUGAUAAGACAUGGAGAUUAGAUAAUACUAAUGAUGGUGCAAUUCAAUUAUCAAGUACUAAACCAAAGACAACUGCUUCACCGAAUGCUGAUGAGGGCUUCAUUUAUUACGAUAAUACUUGGAAAAAGCCAUCUACAGAAGACUCUUUCUCCAAAUACACUAGGAGGAGGAGAUGGGUUAGAACUGCAGAAUUGCUAAAGAUUAAAAAUGUAGAAGGCACUGAAUCCCCUAACAUUACAGUAGAUUCAACUUCUCAUAACUCCACAUCGCAGGCGGCAAAUACCGAUACCGGCGGCAGCGGUCAUUCUACCGCUAUAGCGCCAGAAAAUUCGAAUCAUCAAAAUGGAAGUAAACCCCAUGAAAAUUUGAAACGUAGGGGUGUGUCCUUUAGUGAUGUGCAAAAUGUUCAUAUUGUUCCACUUGAAAAUGAAGAUGAAGAUGAGAGCAAGAAUGAGUCAAGUAAUGAUGAUGGUAAUUAUCAUGAUAAUCAAUUAGAUGCAGAAAACAAGAAUGAAUCAACACCGCUCUUGCGAGAUUGA